AAGAAUUCUUAAAAAAAAAAAAAACAAACCAGGGUAAUUCUUCACGUGCCUCUUUCUUCCAGUUCAUCAGCUUCACGAUGCAGUCUAAUAAGGAUCACGAACCCUGGCAAGGCUUCGUCUACCCCGUCUCUAUCCCCGAUCCUUGUCCUCGUACUCGCAAAAUCCUCAUUGUCGGUGCCGGGAUCGCCGGGUUUGCCAGUGCCAUUGCUCUGGCCCAUGAGCUCACCCCCCACGAACCAAACCUCCAGAUCACGAUCUUCGAGCGUCACGAUGUGCUGUCGACCUCUGGCGGCGCCAUUAACCUGACUCCUGUCGCCCAACGACACCUGGAUCGACUAGGCGUCCUCUCUGAGUUGGACCGUUUCGGCUCGGACGGCGGGGCGGAUGUGGACGCCGUCGAGCUUUUCUCUUGUCGAUCCGGACGAUCGCUCGGUUCCAUCGACUUCACCGACGGCCAUGGGAACGGCAUCAACGGGUACAAGGGCCGGAGGGUGAUGCGGAUUAUGCUGUCGCUGGCCUUGCUCGCCGUGGUGGAGCGCCACCCAAACAUUCAUCUCAUCUACGGGAAAAAGCUCACCCACGUUACUGAAGACUGCAAGACGCAACCCAUUCUGCACUUUGAUGACGGCUCUUCUGCGACCGGAGAUCUCGUGCUAGCCUGCGAUGGGGUCCACUCGGCCCUCCGGACACAAUACGUUGCGCCCGAUCGUCCCUCGGAAUACACUGGCCUCUCUUUCCUCCAGACCACCAUUGAUGCUUCUUCUUCUUCUCCUCCUCUUGCCCCGCCUCCUUCACAGCCACGGCCCUCGUCCGCUCGGGGCAGCAUCCUCAGCGGAAGAUCCAGCACCCCGAGCAUUGCCCCAAGCACAACCUUCAGUACCCGAAGCGCCACCUCCGACUCGCCCAUCACCAUCCUCCGACCACCCUUCCGAACCUCGGGCCUCGCGCUCUCGCGCCACGGCGACCUCCUGACCAGCUACUGCGACCGGGACCACACACAACUGUUCAUCGCAGCGAUCGUGCAAUUCGAAGAAUCCCUAAUCCCGCGCUUCAAAAUCGACUCCAUUCCCGCUUCUUCUUCUUCUUCUUCUUCUUCUUCUUCUUCUUCUUUUUCCCGCACCGUACACAUCGACGCCCGCGACCGUCUCGCCAUCCACCGCGCUCUCCGGAAUGAGAUGCGCGCCCGGUUCGCAGGCGCAGGACAUCCAUGGGUUCGAGAGGUCGCAAACCUCCAGACCAAUUGGAUGUUGUACCCUGUGUACCAGGUUCGGCCGGGAGGACGGUGGUGGAAGGGGAAUGUGAUUUUGCUAGGGGAUGCAGCUCACGCGAUGCCCCCCCGGGACGAAUCCGCCGCGUACGCCCUGGACGACUCCAUCAUGUUUGCUCGGAUUCUCGCGCACCACCGCGAAGAGCCCCUGGCGCGUGUGUUCCAGCGGUACGAAUCCGUGCGCCGGGCCCCCAUCGAGGAGGCCUUCCACGCGGCGGGCCGGAUAUGGUCGAAGCACCGGGAUAUGGGGUUUCUGGAGGGCCGGUGGAAGGAGUGGACGAUGCCGUGGACAUUAUGGCGCGGCAAGGCGGAGAGGAAUGCUGCGUGGAAUUUCGAUGCUUAUGAUACUUGAAGGCGGGCAUUUUAUAUCGUCAAUCUACAUAGCAUAGCAUAGCAUAGCAUAGCAUAGCACGGCAUACGUGGGAUAAUUCGGGUACGGGACGGUACGGAUAGGAUAGGAUAGGAUAGGAUAGGGUUAAAAGAGCAAAAAGAAAAAAAGGUAUACCCAGC